UUUCUAAAUAAUGCAAAAAAGUUUUUUAAUUAGCAAAAAGGGGCACGAAAAAAUUUAUUUAGCAAGAUGGGGUACUUUUAGUGGGAUUCGCGAGUUUUGUUGCGUUUCCAUCUAUUAUUCUGAAAAAGGUCUGACUGCGUUGGGAGGUGCAGGGUGAUUGGGGAAAUCAUUGCUUUAUGAUGGUGGGAUUCGCAAGUUUUCUUGCGUUUUCCAUGUCAGGGUGGCAGGUUGCACGUUAUUGGAUUCGCAAGUUUUCUUGCGUUUUCCAUGUAGUUGGAAUGAUGGUCAAUGAUGGUGGCAGGGUGGCAGGGUGGCAGGUUGCACGUUAUUGGUGUCGCGACUUUACCUGCGAAUUCAAGUGCUUUUCAGGUGGCAGUACUGACAUGGAGGGAAAGGAAUGGCUAAGAUUGAAUGCUCAAUUUUUUUUGCGAAUCCAGGAUAUACAAAAUGACAAAAUAAGCGAGAUUGACUGGAUUCUCAAUUAUUUUUGCGAAUUCAAAACACUAUAAGUUAACUCCUGAGCCUCAUAACUUUCUUCUACGAAAAAUACACUUCAAUAUUUUCAAAACUUCAAUCUCCUGCAUUUCAGAACGUUUCUGUAACGAAAAAAACCUUUGCAAUGGAUCAAGUUAUUACUUUUGUGUAUUACGAUGGCAGGGUUGUCCAUGGCGACCAAGGUGCCAUAUUCGAAGGUCGGAGAAGGUCCAUGCAUCUGAAGCGAAACAUUACCUUCGACCGUUUGAAGAAGAAAAUCCACGAAAGGUUGAAGCUGCAAAGGAACCAGAUGAUUUCUAGAGUCAGCUCUAGAUUUAUGACGACACCGAAUCCCAUUUUUUUUACGCAUUUUGAGAUAGUUGAUAAUGUUGAUGUUCAAGUCAUGAUGGAUGCAUUUAGUCAGCAGUCAUAUAUGGUUCAGCUGGAGCUGUAUGUUGAAGUUACUGAAGCUGGAAGUUCAUCAAUGUCAGUGCCGACGUAUCUGUCGUCUACUCAACCGAGACCCACUGAAGACGGUGGUAGACAUGUUGUUGAUGAGGAGCUUCUUGCAGAACCAUAUACUGUGCCUUUUAGCGUUAUGAGUAUUGAAGAGACCAAUAUCGUCGUUCCUUCGGAUGUCGCAGUUAAUUUGGGCGAUGAUUAUGACUACCGCCUUGACAAUGAUAAUGUGGACGGUGAAGUCAUUCCUUCAGACGAUGACCACAAUGAAGAUGAAAGAAUGCAAGAAGGAGGUGACGAGUCUGACACAGACGAUGAGGGAGACCGACACGCUAAUCCUCAGCCUCGGAUGGCACCUCAUCCUGCUGAUCAACCUGCGGCACCAGUGAAUGUCAAUGUUGAAACUCAAGGCCACCCAAACACGGCCCCAUUCUGGAGUGCUUCUUCGCAUUAUACAUAUAUUAACUGGGAUCACCCAGAUGAAGAAACUGAUUUUUAUUCUGAAACGGAUGUGAAUGGAUCAUGGAAGCUAGGUGAUGACUUAUGUAAAGGGUUGAUUUUUGAAAACAAGCGUGCUGUACAGGAUGCCUUGUUACACUAUUGUUUUAGACUAAAUCAAACUUAUAAGAUGAGUGAAUCCAAGCCAGAGUACUUUACUGCAAAGUGUCAGAAAUCCGUAGAUGGCUGCCCGUGGAGGAUAAGGGCACAUCUAUCCAAGAAAAUUGGUAAAUGGAUCAUAUCCAAAUGGGGGGGUUCGCAUACGUGCUUAAAUGCGAUGACUUCUCAAGACCACAAGAAGAUGACGUCCACCUUCAUGUCCAACUACAUUCUUGGCAUGGUAAGUGCCCAACCAACUAUCCCUAUUUCCCUCAUACAAGAGAGGAUAAGUGGUCAACUCAAUUAUAUGGUGUCAUACUUUAAAGCUUGGAAGGCGAAGCAAAAAGCACUUGCUCGCGUGUUCGGUGAUUGGGAGGAGUCUUACGACCUGCUCCCUAGGUGGUUGGAAUAUAUGCUGAGGUUUUCCCCUGUAUCCCAUUACGAGUUUGUCACAACUGACUAUAAGGACCAGUAUGGCAAUGUUGUUCCUGAUUUCAAGAAAUUUGGUCGAGUGUUUUGGACGUACAAACAAUGUUGUGACGCAUUCAACUAUUGCAAGCCAAUGAUACAAAUUGAUGGCACAUUCCUCUACGGAAAGUAUAGUGGAACUUUGCUUAUUGCCACGACACAGGACGGGAACAGUAAUGUGUUGCCUUUAGCUUUUGCAAUUGUGGAGGGAGAAACACUCGGUGCUUGGACGUGGUUUCUUCGUCUGAUGCGUGUGCAUGUCACCAAGAAACAAGGGAUAUGUCUAAUAUCAGACAGACACGCUAGCAUUCUCUCAGCAGUGGGGAAUCCGUCUAACGGGUGGCAGCCACCAAACGCUUAUCAUGUGUAUUGCAUUCGCCACGUUGCCAGUAAUUUCAACAACAGGUUUCACAACACAGAGCAAAAAAAUGAACUGAUAAAUAUGGCUUACGAGCCUUGCCCAUAUCUUUUCGAGCAACGCUUAGCGGCGUUUCGAGGGCACAACACAGCUGUCCGGCAAUGGAUAAAUGACAUCAGUAAUGAGAAAUGGAGCCGAGCGUGUGAUGUGGAAGGUCGUAGGUAUGGCCACAUGACCACGAACUUAUCUGAGGCUGUGAACAAAGUGUUUAGGGGUGCUAGAAACUUGCCUAUCACUGCACUUGUUAAAUGCACAUAUGGCAGGCUUGUGGAAUAUUUUGUGCAGCGAGGUUCUGCAGCAGCAGCACAACAAAGAGCCGGCGACAUAUAUUGUAACAAGGUCAUGGAGGCCAUGACAAAGAAUGCGACGAUUGCCCAGUCUCACAUUGUGCGGACGUAUAGCAUAGAUAGGUCCAGGUUCGAAGUAGAGGAGGGAUUCAACCAGCAGAACCAUCGCAGUGGUUAUACGUGGCGACUGAACUUAGAUGAAAGAACUUGCGAAUGUGGGCGCUUCCAGACGUUCAAAUAUCCUUGUUCACAUGUGAUCGCCGCGUGCGCCAACCAGAGUUUAGACUAUCUUCAAUAUGUGGACCCUGUUUAUACGAUUCAGAACAUUGUGGAUGCGUAUUCAGGGCAGUGGUACCCCAUUGGGAAUGAUCUGAACAUGCCGCCCAGAGCUGGGCCUAUAAUUGCUCCAGAUCCUGCCAAAAUACGGAAGAAGGGUCGUCCAAGGUCUACCCGUAUAAGAAAUGAGAUGGACUUAAGGGAGAAUCAAUCUCAGCCGAGUCGGAGAUCAGUGUCACUACAAAGAUAAUUAUGUUGCUUUAAUUGUGCAAGCUCUUAAAUUAAUCACUGUGUGUAAGCUUGAAGUGUAGUCCAAAGUGUAAGGCGGUAUGUCAUUUGUGGUUGCGUGUGUAAACUCCAUAGGAAAGCUAGGAACCGAUGCAGCGGGAUGAGAUAUCCUGUCACUUGCAUGGCAAAGUGUAAGGCAACGAGCAGCUUGGUUCUGAAGGUCAUGAUCCGUGUAUAGUGGGCGACCUUCAGGUGUCAGUCCAUACCAUACAUGCUGAACGCGCAUAGCCUACAUUAUUAAUAACAGAGUGAGGAUGUUACGCACAUAUAUGAAUACAGAAGUAAAAAUAACACAACAAUUUAAAAAUAAUAACCAUUUGCCCCCUUGUUGCAGCCGCACGCGUCAACCAACGAACGGAAUACUUGUCGUACCAAAUCAUGUACUCAUCAUUUGGCCCAACAAGAGUAUUAGUCUCGGGUUGGUUAGCCAACCUCUGGUGCCUCUCCGACCACAGCUGUAUAAAACCACGCAUGUUAUGUACCCAAUCCUGCUUUUCCUUCCCUUUUAGAGAAAUAUCAUGCAUUUC